ACGAGUAAUCUCGAGACCCCGAAGAAAACGAAAAGCGAAACUGAAUUCCAACUUACGAGCAUUCCCAAUGGCUGUGGUGUUUGUUUUCCCUUACUACAGGGGACAUGAAUAAGCCACAUCAUAACAGCUAUACUAACAAUUAUCGGAGAUCUGUGACAUUUCAUUUUUACCCACGUAACCGUGGUUCAGCUGAUCAUUUUUCUAAUUAUCUUUCUCCCCGCAUUAAAGUCGUGUGAAGGGCGCCCCCUUUCACUUUAGUUCGCAAGAAUAGCAAAAUUAAGCUGAAGCCCCCUUUCGCAAAUUAUUAUCGUAAAGUCGUGUUCGCGAAUAUCGCUUAAAUACAUUUCCUAUUUUCGUUAAUACGCGUAGUCUUUUUCCCAUUAAUACUUCGUCAUUCACGUUGGUUUUCAAGGCUUCUUUUAUCCAACUUCUUGAAUACAUAGAGAAACUUGGUGGAUACAUCUUUGAAAAUGACAAUUUCGCAAAAUGUGUACUACUCAUUGGAUCCUAUGGGCCAGCUGCCUAUCCCAUGCUACAUUCAAUUGUGUCUGUUCUAUGAAGUAGAGGAUCCUUCAUCAUAUCAAGAUAUUGAAAAAACGUUGAAAAGUGGUCUCCAACGCCUUUCGGCAUCCUUCCCUUGGAUUGCUGGCGAAGUUGUCAUUAAUGAUACUCCCGAAAGUAGCUUGAAAACCAAGAGAAUCAAGUUCACGAACAACAUCCCACUCAUUAUCAAGGAUUUAAGAAAUGAUCCCUCCGUACCAACGAUGAAGGAACUUCAAAAAGCCCAAUUCCCCAUUCAAUCACUGGCUGAAAAUGUCAUCGCGCCUCAUGGCUCUAUUAUCAUCCCGAGCCCUGCAGCGCAAUCGGAACCGGUUUUUUUAGUGCAAGCUAACUACUUGGUUGGAGGCCUUUUGCUCGCUGUUACUGGUCAUCAUAGCGCGAUGGACAUAACUGGGUUAGGCGAGGUUCUGCGUUUGUUUUCAAAAGCUUGUCAUGAUGAGCCUUUUUCAAGCGAAGAGCUGGCUAUUGGUAAUAUCGACCGACAAAACAUCGUGCCGUUAUUCGAUGAAUCUUAUACACCCGGUCCAGAACUUGCGCAGCAAAUAAGAACUUCGGAACAAAAGCCUAGUCUUUCCAACAAGGACAAAAGUAAAUGGCUGUUGUCUCCCCAAAAGUGUUCUUGGGGUUGUUUUGUGUUCAGUCAAGAUUCCCUUAGUGCGUUAAAACAGCUCGCUUGUAGUGCCAUCUCAGAUUCUGGGAAGUACGUCUCCACUGACGAUUCACUCACAGCUUUGAUUCAUCAGUCCGUCGUUCGUUCACGUCUUCCUCGUCUAGACUCUACAGCUGAUGUAACUUGCUCUCGCGUUGUAAAUGUUCGAAAAUUCCUCGACAUCCCUUCCGGAUAUCCUGGCUUUCUAAUUAAUCCGACGUACCAUACUUAUAAGAUUGAGACAUUGCUGAAAGAAGCGCUCGGUAAUGUUGCAUUAGAGCUGCGUUCGGCGUUGGAUCCCUCGGAUCUAGUAUAUCGCACCCGGGCUCUUUCAACCUAUAUCUCUCGCAUAGAGGACAAAAGCGUUAUCUCGUUGGGAGCGAGAAUCAAUGCCGGGGAAGGUGUCAUGUUGAGUUCAUGGUCAAAGGUUAAUUGCUGUGACCUUGAUUUCAAUCUCCAGUUGGGAAAACCAAAGUCCAUACGUAUUCCGAACUCGGUGCCGUUUGAGGGCGUUACGUACCUAUUGCCUAAGGGACCGAACGGUGAAGUCGCGGCAGCAAUUUGCUUGAGAGAUGAUGACAUGGAACUCUUGAAGGCUGAUGAAAAAUUCACUAAAUAUGCCACUUAUGUCGGCUAAACGAAUAGCGCAGCAUGGGCUAUUCUUUUUAUGUUAACGCUCUGACAACUCUUUUCCAUGUGCAUGUCAAGAUGAAAACUAUUUUGAUGUUUUAUUGGUUUAAGUUUUAAGUACUUAUCCUUGUUUUUUAAAUGUUUUUAUAGCUUUUUUACGAUCAAAUGAAUCCAGGUCUUUCGAUGACGAUGACGAUGAUGAUGAACGGGAUUCAAAGUAUUUAAGACGCUGUUUGUUUCUCAAGUUUUGUUUAAGCGGAGAGCCGAAACACUAAUAUCCGGACGCGAAGUAUUUGUUAUUG